CCACCACAAACCUAGUGCUCAUUGUGGAUGGAUUGCAGUGCACUGGGCUGUAUAGAGCAGGGUACCAUCCAGGCUGUUGUCAGUGAGGGGUGGGGUCCGGCUACACUGAUACCACCAAACGUAAUCUUACAGAGGGUCACAGAGAGGCAGAAAAAGGGAGGAAAAAGAGAGAGAAGAGGGGGGAAGAUUGCACCUGAAGAGGACUACAGUACGGGAUGAAAGGAGACACCCCAGUGAACAGCGGCAUGAGUGUCGGCCAAGCCAGGAAGCUGGUGGAGCAGCUGAAGAUAGAGGCUAGUUUUUGCAGGAUAAAGGUAUCAAAGGCAGCCGCCGACCUGAUGGCGUACUGCGACGCACACUCCUGCGACGACCCGCUCAUCACCCCCGUGCCCACCUCAGAGAACCCUUACAGGGAGAAGAAAUUCUUCUGCGCUCUUCUUUGAGACCAAUCAGGGAUUGUUGUGAUUGACAGUACAACUGUACAGUAUGUACAUGUAUGUACAGUGUGUACAAGUACUUCUGAUCUGAAUAAGACAUCAAUGUACUAUAGUAACCUUGCAUAAAAGCUGCCGAUGUACAGUACACAUAAUCAACUACAAAAUGUCUCAAACUAAAUUCUUUAACUGCUGACGCCCGUCUCAAUGUUAGAGGGGAAGAAGAAGAAAAAAAACACAAAAAAAGAUAUAUGAUAUGUGAAACAUAACUCGAAAGCAAUCAGAAAAGAGUCAGAGUUUUCAUUAUGAAAAACAAGACUGGAAGUCUGAGGAAAAUAAAUUUAAGAAACAGCUAUCAUCUGUUAAAUGUUCAACACAUUUCAUGCUCAUUGGUAUUACAGGUAACUGCCAGAAAGAAGACAGUGUGGGCAUCGAGUGUCUUAAUGGGAACAGACUCGUAUGGAUUCUGCAGCAUUAGACUCGUUUAACUGGGAGGCUACAUUCCCACACUCGGUCUUUGGAUUGUGGUGGUGCUACAUGUCUCAGAUGCUGCUCUGAUAGGUCAGGGUGGUCAGCUCUCCUCAUAAACUAUACAUUUGAGAUCUAGCAAGUGAGAAGAAAGAAAAAAAAAAGACAAGCCUAUAGGUGGGGAAGUACUUGGUUACUUGUAGGAGGAGGUAAUAACACUUCUUCAGAUUAGACGUGCUUUACUUACAGGUGGAGGUCUUCAGAGCUACGUCCCAUCUGUCGUCAACAUGUUUUGUAUUCCUCAUCCACUUUCCUGUUUUGGCCAUUUAGGACAACAGCUGUUUAUGACCCGAGUAUGAUCAUCGAUUCAAUGUAGUUCGAGGUUUUACUAAGAUUUUAGCAGUUUGCUCAUUUCUAUGCUGUUGCUGUAGCGUGGGUGUGUAUGUGUAUGCAUAGGUGCUACUGUGAAAGGUAGGCAAUGAUUCUGAGCAUCUGAUCACUGUCAAAUCAAGAUUUUAUAGUUCAAUUGCACCCCCCCCAAAAAAAAAUCAACAUUCCAGGGGUUAUGGACAUUUAAUCCAUGCCAUUAAAGCAGUCAGAUCUUUCAUUGACAUGAACAGUUUCAUAUUUCUUUGCGGCAAAACGUGCUUUUAAAGAAUGGCGUGCGUCAUCGGGUCUGAGGUUCUCCAGAGCAGAGGGGUCCUUCAGUCUCAUGUCUCUGCUCGUUCAUGUGAAUGACUUUUUCAUUUAAAAGGUGUCACUUUCUCUGUGGUUAUUCCUCCAUCUACAGUACAGGCAGUGCUUUAGUUCUGUCCAAUCAGAUCCACACAAAAAUAAUAAAAUAAAUCUCUCAUUUGGAGUUCCCUGGGGCGUCUCGUGUCAUGAGCUCCAUGGCAUCCUCUGCUCUGGACCGGUUAAAAACAAUCAACCAAUGUGUUGUCAAUAUCCUACAAAUGUCUAAAUUUGGAGUUUUGGUGAAAGAGAGAUCAUGGAACAUCAUGUAGUGAAAUAAAACCUCCGGUUAUCAAAGA